CGUAGGGCUGUCGGGCUUAAUACCCCUAAGAGAAAGACGCCUCUCUUCGCUGCGGGUAGCUCUUCUCCUCUCGCAUUUCCUAGCUCGAGUCCCGCGAAGGGCGCGACGCCAAGGCGUACAAACUUCCUUGCAAAUUCGAGUUCGCCACCUCAGAGCCCUCGGGGAUCUGAACCGCUCGAGUUCCCCUCGAGUCCUGUCGCCACUCCCAAGAAUCGUCGUGGAGAUAUCCAUAGCUCUUUGAGUCUCACACCUGUUGCGCGCCGCCGCCGUCAACAAAACCUCAACACAGAUGACCCCAUGAGCGAUGGAACAAACCUGCAAAUGCCGAUGUCAUCUGCAGGUGCAGGCUUCAGCGCUGCUGACGUGCCAAGUGACGAACCUGCCGAAAUCCGUGCCAUUUGGGGUACGACGGUCAACCUCGCGGAAACGAUGAAGAUCUUCCGCGAAUUUAUGCUUGGCUUCAAGCCCAAGUACCGCAUCUCCUAUGACCGGAAUCGAGGCGUGCGUACGCGUACCCUGACUUCACCGGAGGAAGGCGAGGUAUUACUCUACGAGACAUACCUACGUCGCAUGCGCCAAACCGGUGAAACGAACUUGAACCUCGACCUGAACAACCUUGCUGCCUACCCACCUAGCAAGAAGCUACACAGUCAGCUUGUCAAGUAUCCUCAAGAAGUUGUUCCCGCUAUGGAUCAGGUUCUCAAAGAUCUCAUGCUUGAGAUCGCGGAGCAAGAUCAGCGAGCAGGCGAAGAGGGUAUGACAGGCGAGGAAGGCGAAGAGGAGAUCGCGGAUAUCAUGGGCAAGGUCUACAAGAUUCGGCCCUUCGGCUUAAUGUCUGUGAAUAUGCGAGACCUCAACCCCACUGACACUGACAAGUUAGUGUGCAUUAAGGGUCUCGUCAUUCGAGCGACGCCCGUGAUUCCUGACAUGAAGGUGGCCUUCUUCCGCUGCCUGACAUGCAAUCACACUGUCCAGGUCGAGAUUGAUCGUGGUAAGAUCGACGAGCCGCAACGCUGUCCGCGCGACGUUUGUGCUUCCGUGGGCACUAUGUCUCUGGUACACAACCGAUGCGAAUUUGCCGAUCGCCAAGUCAUUCGCUUGCAGGAGACCCCGGACGCAGUGCCCGAUGGCCAAACACCGCAUACAGUCACCCUUAGCGUGUAUGACGAGCUUGUCGACGUCAGCAAACCCGGUGACCGGCUCGUCGUCACAGGUAUCUUCCGUAGCGUACCUGUACGAGUUAACCCGAGGCAGAGGACACUUAAGAGCCUCUUCAAGACCUUUCUCGACGUGGUUCAUGUACGCCUCGGCACUGACGACCGCCUUGGGCUCGACAAGAGCACACGCCCCGCAGGCGGGGACCGUAUCCCAGGCGUCGGCGGCGUCGGCGACUUCUUCAGCGACGUGUCGGACGAAAAUCCCCUCGAGCAGCAGCGGCAGCAGAGCAGGCGUGCCGAAAUAGAGAACAAGCUUAAAGAGCUUAGCCAGCGCCCGGAUAUCUACGAACUGCUGGCAAGGAGUCUUGCGCCGAGUAUUUGGUCACUAGAGGAUGUCAAGAAGGGGAUUCUCCUCCAAUUGUUCGGUGGAACGAACAAGAGCAUUGCCCGUGGUGGAGGUGCGGGCGGACCGAGAUACCGUGGCGACAUCAAUGUGUUGCUUGUUGGUGAUCCUGGUGUCUCAAAGUCUCAAAUACUCUCGUAUGUGCACAAGAUUGCGCCUCGAGGAGUGUUCACUUCCGGCAAGGGCUCCAGUGCGGUCGGUCUUACCGCAUACGUGACGAGGGAUCCGGACUCGAAACAGCUUGUCCUCGAGAGUGGUGCGCUUGUGCUGAGUGACGGCGGUGUGUGCUGCAUUGAUGAGUUCGACAAGAUGAGCGAGGCGACCCGUAGUGUACUCCAUGAGGUUAUGGAACAACAAACCGUCUCCAUCGCAAAAGCGGGCAUCAUCACCACGCUCAAUGCGCGAACAUCUAUCCUUGCGGCCGCAAACCCAAUUGGCUCACGCUACGAUCGGGCGAAGACGAUCUCCACUAAUCUAGACUUACCGCCAACUUUGAUUUCGCGGUUUGACUUGCUAUAUCUCGUCCUGGAUAACGUCGACGAACAGCUCGACCGCCGGCUUGCACAGCACUUGGUUGGGCUCUACCUGGAGGACAGCCCUAACUCCACUGAGCAAGACAUCCUGCCUAUGGAUGAGCUCUCCGCGUACAUCAACUAUGCGCGCACGCGAGUCAAUCCGACAAUCACCGAGGAGGCAGGUAACGAACUCGUGAAAUGCUACGUCACCCUCCGUAAAGCGGGCGAAGAUCCGCGGGGCAAUGCGAAUGAGAAGCGUAUCACAGCAACGACGCGUCAGCUCGAGAGCAUGAUCCGCCUGAGCGAAGCGCACUCGCGAAUGCGCCUCAGUCCUCUCGUCGAGCUCUCAGAUGUGCGCGAGGCCUUCCGACUCAUGCGCGAGGCGAUCAACACGAGCGCGCGCGACCCGACGACGGGCGAGAUUGAUAUGGGCUUGCUCGACACCGGCAUCGGGCGUACGCAGCGCCGGCUGCGCGGUGAUAUGCGCAAGGAGGUGCUCAACUUGCUCGAAGGCGCCGGUGGCACGCGUGGCGUGCGCUGGUCCGACGCGUUCAAGACUCUUGAGGGCCAGAGUAGCGUCCGGGUUCCGGUAGCUGAGUUCCAAGAAGUCGUGCGCGAGCUCGAGCAGGAGGGACUCGUCAAGGUCGUUGGUGAGCGUGACAGACGUGUCAUUCGCCGAGUCGAGGGUGCAUAAACCUUAGAUGUGGGUGAAAGACUGUUGCAUAGUAUUCUGUUUGGAGGUCUUGCGUUCUUUCCGGCUCCGUUCAUGAUGUGUCCAGUCUGUUUGCUAUGUAUUGUAUGACUUCCAUGUAUUCACACUAUACGCCGCUACUUUUCACGCCUGCUGGCUCGUCACCUUGCUUACCACGAACGCGCAUCUCUGCCUCUCUGCUGAUGGGAUUGUCUCGAUAGUGCUUCCACUGCUUGUCACUGUUCCCUCCGUGAGAACAACCCGCUGUAUUCCGCCGGUCGUGUACACAGGCCACGUGGGUGCUCUCGCAAGCUUGAAUGUGUUCGGGUUGCCUGAGCGUACGAAUGAGAGCCAGUAGGCGAUGAGUUCGGAUGCGAAGACCUGUUCGGAAGGUGUCAUAGCCGAGAAGGUUGUUGUGCCAUUAAACCUGAAGGGUGCCCAUG